GCAUGCUGUGCAAUCACUGGCCAUCACUUCCCCUCGGCGUUUCGGUCUUUCUUUCCUUUUUUUUGUGAAUGGAGCUCAUUAUGCAUGCAUCCUCCACGCAGCUCCAUUCAACCUCCUCCUCUUCCUCGCUAGUCUUCCUCCUCCUCCUCCUCCCUCGUCAGGUUUUUUUAUUUUAUUUUUGCAGGCUGCAUGCGCGGCUCCCCGCUCCGCUUCGGCCCAAAUGACCGCAGACGGCUGACGGAUGGACCGGAUCAUGGAUGCAUACUUGGACCAGCAAGUGCCUUUCACGUUAGCAAACAAGUCGCAAGGAAAUGGGCCCCCAAAUAGACUGUUGAUGGCCGCCAAAAGGAAAUGCAUGGACACAGAAUUGCCCCCUCAGGAAUCCGAAGACCUCUUCCAGGAUUUAAGCCAACUCCAAGAGACGUGGCUGACAGAAGCUCAGGUUCCCGACAGCGACGAGCAGUUUGUUCCAGAUUUCCACUCAGAGAACUCGGUGGCCUUUCACAGCCCGCCCGUCACCAUCAAGAAGGAGCCGCAGAGCCCGGGCUCGGACCCCAGUCAGUCGUGCAGCCACAAGCCCAACUUUGGCUACGCCGCAAGCGGAGAGCAGUGCCUUUACGCCAGUGCCUAUGAGCAGAAAAGGGCCGCCGCAGGGGCGACCAAGCGGUCCUGCCCGGGCAACCCCAUGUCCCCCAUGCAGCAGCAUUAUUCCCCGAAACCCGCGGCGACCGGCCGGCCCGACGCCGGCUACAUGAACCCUGCCGCCGCCUCGCAGCCGCUGCCCAGCAACGCCUACCCCCUCAACGCCAGAUAUCAAGGCCCCUCGGGUGACCCCGUGUGCCCCCAGUUCCCUGCACCCUCGCAGGCCUUUCAACGAAUGCCCUCCGCCCCAGCGGGACACGGCAGCGGUGGACUUCCGGGCGGGGGCGGGGGCUACCACCGGCAGCACUCGGACCCCUGCAUGCCCUACCUCCAGCAGAGCUUCAAACAAGAGUACAUGGACCCCCUGUACGAGCGGGCGGGUCACGUGGGGGCGCACUGCGCGGGACCGGGGCAAGGCCGAGGGCACGGACCCCAACACCCGCACCUGCACCCGCACAGGUUCCCGCCGGCGCACAUGAUGGUCAAGCAGGAGCCUGCAGAUUAUGCCUACGACACAGAUGUGUCUGGCUGUUCUUCCAUGUACCACCACAGUGAGGCCUACGCAACCCCCCAGCCGCCCCCCGAUGGUUACGGGUUUGAGAACGACUCCCGCGUGGUUCCGGAAAAGUUUGAAGCAGGCGAGGUGAAGCAGGAACCGGGCGGCAGCGGAGGCGGCGUAUUCCGCGAGGGGACGCCCUACCAGCGACGAGGCUCGCUGCAGCUGUGGCAGUUCCUGGUGGCCCUGCUGGACGACCCCGGCAACGCGCACUUCAUCGCCUGGACCGGCCGCGGGAUGGAAUUCAAGCUCAUCGAGCCUGAAGAGGUUGCCCGAUUGUGGGGGAUGCAGAAGAACCGCCCCGCCAUGAACUACGACAAGCUGAGUCGCUCUCUGCGCUACUACUACGAGAAGGGAAUCAUGCAGAAGGUGGCGGGCGAGCGCUACGUGUACAAGUUCGUGUGCGAGCCCGAGGCGCUCAUCUCGCUGGCGUUCCCCGACAAUCAGCGGCCCAGCCUGAAGGCCGAGUUCGAGCGCUACGUCAACGAGGAGGACACGGUGCCGCUGUCCCACCUGGACGAGGGGGGCGCGGCCUACAACGCCGCCGAACAUCCCCCUCACGGUGUCCAGCCCUACUCCAAAGGCUACAUGUACUAAACCCCCGCCUCACCAAUCCUUUACUGUACCCUAAAACAUCAUCAUACCCCCCCCCCCCCAUGCACCUCUUGCACACGCCCUCCCCACUCCACUUGUAUAUACACUACAGCUAUGGUGUUUUUGUUUUCCGAGCCUUCCUGUCACAUCCGAGGCCUCGAAAUACGACUGUGGAUCAAGAGAUUGCUUAAUAAAUACUCCAAAUUAUACACAA